AUGGCCGCGGCGCUGGGCUCCCGGCGGCUCGGCUCCCGGCUGCUCGGCUCCCGGCUGCUCUGGGCGCUGCUGCCGCCGCUCCUCAGCCUCUGCCCCGCCGGCUCCCGCGGCGUGGGGCUCAGCCUCCACCCGCCCUACUUCAACCUGGCGGCGGCAGCCCGCAUCUCGGCCACGGCCACCUGCGGGGAGGCGGCGGCGGGCGGCGGGCGGCCGGAGCUGUACUGCAAGCUGGUGGGGGGCCCGGCCGCCGCCCCCCUGGGUCGCGCCAUCCAGGGACAGUUCUGUGACUACUGCGACGCUGCCGACCCCAGCAGGGCUCACCCAGCGACCAACGCGAUCGACGGCACCGAGAGCUGGUGGCAGAGUCCUCCUCUUUCCAGAGGCUUGCAGUACAACGAGGUCAAUGUCACCUUAGAGCUGGGACAGCUCUUCCAUGUUGCCUAUGUCCUCAUCAAGUUUGCAAAUUCCCCUCGUCCAGAUCUCUGGGUCCUGGAAAGAUCAGUGGACUUUGGAGGGACCUACACCCCCUGGCAGUAUUUCGCUCACUCAAAGGCAGAUUGCUUGGAGCUGUUUGGAAAGGAAGCAAAUGUUCCAGUGAGGAAGGACAAUGAUGUCCUCUGCACCACGGAGUACUCUCGCAUUCUGCCCCUUGAGAAUGGAGAGGUGGUGGUGUCUCUGGUAAACGGCCGCCCCGGAGCUCGCAACUUCGCUGCCGCUCCUCACCUGCGCGACUUCACCAAGGCAACCAACGUCCGCCUGCGGCUGCUCAGGACCAGCACCCUGCUGGGACACCUGAUCGCCAAAGCUCAGCGGGACCCCACUGUGACCCGCAGGUAUUACUACAGCAUCAAGGACAUCAGCAUUGGGGGUCGAUGUGUCUGCCAUGGCCAUGCUGAAGUGUGCAAUGCCAAGAGUGCUGAUCACCACUACCAGUUUCAGUGUGAGUGCCAGCACAACACCUGUGGGCAGAGCUGUGAGCACUGCUGCCCUGGCUACCAUCAGAAGCAGUGGCGCCCUGCGACAGCCAGCAGCACACACGGCUGUGAACCCUGCAACUGCCAUGGCCAUGCCACUGAUUGCUACUACGAUGCUGGUGUGGAUCGGCGUGGAGAAAGCUUGAACAUCCAUGGGCAUUAUGAGGGUGGAGGAGUCUGCAUCAACUGCCAGCACAACACAGCUGGCAUUAACUGUGAGAAGUGUGCCCGAGGUUACUACCGGCCCCAGGGCGUCCCAGCCACUGCUGCCGACGGCUGCAGACCUAUUCCUGUGUAUCCUUUUACUUCCCCAAACCCAGGAGAUGCUAUGGCUGGAGACAUAACAGCCUGCCAGUGUGAUGUGAGAGGAACACUGAGUGGAGUUGGGGAGUGCCAGCAGGAGAAUGGGCACUGCUACUGCAAGGCUAACGUGUGGGGGGCUGCCUGUGACACCUGUGAAGCUGGACAUCAUGCUCUGCAAAACAAGAACUAUUUGGGCUGCCAAGGCUGCUGGUGUGAUGCUGGAGGAUCUCUCAGCCCGGUGUGUGCUGCACCCUCCGGGGGCUGCCGGUGCCGGGCACACGUCGUGGGCACCUCCUGCCAGGAGCCUGAAAAGAACUACUUCUUCCCUGAUCUGCACCAGAUGAAGUUCGAGGCUGAGGAUGGCACUAGUGCCAAGGGCAUGGGCAUUGCCUUUGGCUUUGAUCCUCAGGAAUUUCCAGGAUUCAGUUGGAGAGGAUAUGCCCAGAUGAGCUCCAUACAAAAUGAAGUGAGGAUAACUUUGAAUGUGGACAGAUCCAGGCUCUCCUUAUUUCGCCUUGUCCUGAGGUACCUUAACCCUGGAGGGCAGACCCUAUCUGGGCGCGUGUCGGUUUGGCAGUCUCAGCCUGCAACAGGGGCUGCUCAGAGCCAAGAGUUUGUCUUCCCACCCAGUAAGGAGCCAGCUUUUAUCACAAUCCCAGGAAAAAGCUCUGCAGAGCCUUUCUCUCUGGUUCCAGGCACGUGGACUGCCAGUAUAAUGGCAGAGGAAGUCCUCUUGGAUUACCUGGUGCUGCUACCCAGUGAUUACUACGAAGCAUCCAUCUUGCAGAUCCAAGUGACAGAGCCUUGCAGCCCUUCAGGGGACACUUCAAGAGGGCACUGCCUGCUCUAUCAGCAUUUGCCCCUGGACAGAUUUUCCUGUGUCCUUGGGUCAGAGGCAUCACAUUUCAGAGCUGGGAGAGACUUCAGAGGAAUACCUCUGCAACAGCCAACUCCUCAUCGACCAGUGCUGGCCCAGAUCAGUGGAAGAGAGGUCCACGUAGAGAUGACCUUAAAGGUUCCUCAGGUGGGUCGCUAUGCUCUGGUGUUUGAAUAUGCCAAUGAAGAGGAUCAGCUGUACACUGCCCAGGUAGAAAUACAGAGCCCUGGGUCUGCCACCAGAGGCAGAGUGAGAAUAUACAGCUGUAAAUACAGCUUCCUCUGUCGCAGCGCUGUCGUUGACGAUGGGAACCGCAUUGCAGCCUAUGACCUUCUAGCAGACACCAAGAUGCACCUCACAGCAGCAGCACUGCAUUUGCUUCUGCACAAGGUCUGUGUUAUACCAGCUGAAGACUUUUCUCCAGAGUAUGUGGAUCCUAAAGUGCAGUGCACAGCUGCCUACAGCAGGAGCCAUGCUGGAAGUGCAACAUGCAUACCCUCAGGGUACGACACUCCAUCAGCAGCUUUGGUUUUGGAUGCAUUCAAGGAUGGGGAAGAUUCUGAAGCACAGAGAAAUACCUUCCAUGAUGCACAGAGUGCCUCGUUACCUUCUGGCUCAGUCCAUGGAGUCACCCUGACACCCUUACAGAAGCAGAUGACCUGGAGGGGCAGAGUGCCCCACUCAGGCAGCUAUGUGUUUGUGGUGCACUUUUCUCAGCCAGCACACCCAACCUUCCCCGUGGGGGUGCGUGUGGAUGCAGGACGUGUGUGGUCUGGUUCCUUCAGUGCUUCCUUCUGCCCUCACACCUCUGGCUGUCGGGAUCAGGUGACUGCAGAAAAUCAAAUAGAGUUUGACAUUUCUGAACCUGAGGUCUCUGUUACAGUGCUGAUACCUGAUGGAAAGAUGCUGCUCCUGGAAAAGGUCUUAGUUGUUCCAGCAGACACCUACAGUCACAAAAUUCUUGACACAAAGACAGUGGACAAGUCACUUGAUUUUAUCAGCCAGUGUGGAGGAAACAGUUUUUACAUUGAUUUCAACAGCCCAGAAGGAUCAUCAACCUUCUGCAAGGACUCUGUAAAGUCCCUAGUGGCUUUCUACAACAAUGGAGCCCUGCCCUGCAACUGCCACAGCUCCGGUGCCAUGAGCCCUACGUGCAGCCCCCUGGGGGGGCAGUGCCUGUGCAGACCCCACGUCAUCGGGCGCCAGUGCAGCCGAUGCCAAAGCGGCUACUACGGAUUCCCCUUCUGCAAGGCAUGCGAGUGCGGGCAGCGUCUCUGCGCCGAUGGGACCGGGGAGUGCCUCUGCCCUCCACGAACUGUGAAACCCAGGUGUGAGCUGUGUGAGGAGCACUCCUUUGGCUACCACCCUGUGACUGGCUGUGAGAGCUGCAACUGCUCAGAAAGAGGAGUGCUCGACGUGGCAAGCCCAAGGUGUGAGAAAACCAGUGGGCAGUGCAGGUGCAGAGCAGGGAUUACAGGUCGGCAGUGUGACCGUUGUGCUCCUGGUACUUAUGGCUUCCCAACCUGCACACCAUGUAGCUGCAACAGGGAUGGAACAGAACCAGAUGUUUGUGAUCCCCAGACAGGAAUUUGUCUCUGCAAGGAGAAUGUUGAAGGUGCAAAAUGUGAUGCCUGCAGACCAGGAUCCUUUUACUUGGAUCCAUCUAAUCCCAAGGGAUGCAUCUCCUGCUUUUGUUUCGGGGCAACCAGCGCCUGCCGCAGCACCGAUCGUCGCAGAGCCAAGUUUGUGGACAUGAGGAACUGGCGCUUGGAGGCAGUGGAUGAAGGCAUGGACAUCGCAGUCAGCUUCAAUCCAGUCAGCAACAGUGUAGUGGCUGAUGUGCAAGAAUUGCCUGCUUCAGUGCAGAGCUUGUACUGGAAAGCACCACCUGCUUACCUGGGACAGAAGCUCUCUUCCUAUGGUGGCUUCCUGAGUUACCAGGUGAAGUCCUUUGGCUUACCUAGUGAGGGCAUGGUUCUGCUGGACAAGAGACCUGACAUACAGCUGACAGGACAGCAGAUGAGAGUUGUCUAUGUGGAUCCCAACAGCCCCCUGCCUGACCGUCACUACCAUGGCCGCCUGCAGCUGCUGGAGGGAAACUUUAGGCAUGCCAACAGCUAUGACCUUGUAUCCAGAGAAGAGCUGAUGCUAAUCCUGUCUAGACUGGAAGGUUUACACAUCAGAGGCCUCUACUUCACUGAGACUCAGCGAUUAAGCCUGGCUGAGGUGGGGCUGGAGGAAGCCACCAGCACGGGGAGCGGCAGCAUUGCGUACAGUGUGGAGAGCUGCUCCUGCCCUCCGGGGUACUCUGGUGACUCAUGUCAGGACUGUGGCCUUGGCUUUUACCGUGAGGACCCAGGAUCACUGACUGGCCGCUGUGUGCCCUGUGACUGCCAUGGCAACUCAGCCAGGUGUCAGGAUGGCACUGGGAGAUGCAUUAGCUGUCAGCACAACACUGCUGGGGAGAGAUGUGAGCGCUGCCAGGAUGGGUACUUUGGAGAUGCCACUCAAGGGUCCUGCCGGGUGUGUCCUUGCCCUUACACUAACAGGUUUGCAACUGGCUGUGUGGCAAAUGGUGAAGACAUUCAGUGUCUCUGCAAAGAAGGCUACGCUGGAGUGCGCUGUGAGCGCUGUGCUCCAGGGUACUUUGGAAACCCACAGAAAUAUGGAGGCUACUGUCAGAAGUGUAACUGUGCCAGCAAUGGGCAGCUGGGCAGCUGUGACCACCUGACAGGAGAGUGCUUCCAUAACCAACCCAUGGAUGUGGAUCCCAAUGAAGACUGUGACCCCUGUGACAGCUGUGUGAUGACACUGCUGAAGGACCUGGGCACGAUAGGUGAUGAGAUGCAGCUGAUCAAGUCUCAACUGCAGAACGUCCACAUGAGCAGCCACACCCUGGAGCAGAUGAGACACCUGGAAACACGCAUCAGGGACCUGAAGGUGUCUCUGGACGGUUACCGUGCUGGGGUUCAUAACCAGGCUUCCAAGGUGGAUCAGCUGGAGGCAGAACUCAUCAACCUGACCCAUGAUGUAAAUGCUCUCCAGGAAAAGGCUGAGAUGAACUACAAAGCAGCUGAGAUGUUAUUCAGUAACUUUGGCCAAACUCAUCAGAAGGGGAAGGAUUUGGUUUCAAGAAUACAAAUAGUUGUCAACAAUAUACAAGCACUCUUGGAACAAGCAGCUGGUGCAAGCACAGAGGGUAACAGCCUGCCCCUGGGGGACGCUGCCAGCAGGCUGGCCGAAGCCCAGCGGAUGCUGACGGAGAUGCGGAACCGCAACUUGGCCCCAGCGCAAGCAGAGGCGGAGAAGGAGCGAGCAGAAGCUCAGCGGCUUCUGGCACGUAUCAAGAACCAGCUGCAGAAGUACCACCAGGAAAACCAAGCCCUUAUUAAACUGGUGAGAGAUUCACUCAGUGGGUAUGAGGCCAAAAUCAGUGACCUGCAGGAAGCUUUGAACCAGGCCACAGGACAGAUCAAGCAGGCUGAAAACUUAAACAGAGACAAUGGAGUUCUCUUAGAAGACAUCAAGAAACGAGUUGAGGAGACCACUGUGCAGCAGAAUGGUAUCCUGGGAAUCCUGACCUCUGCACGAUCCUCCCUCACACAAGCCAACAGUGUGCUUGGACUGCUGCAGAAGAGCAAAGAGGAGUACGAGAGCCUGGCUGCCCAGCUGGACGGGGCGAGGAAGGACAUGAGUGCCAAGCUGACAAACCACUCCUUAUCAGCAAGCCAAGAGCCCUUGGUGCUGCGGGCCGAGGAGCACGCCCAAGCUUUGGCAGCCUUGGCAGAGCAGCUGGAGAAGCUAAAGAACAGCUACAGGAAGGACGAGUUGGUAGGCUGUGCUGUGGAAGCUUCUACUGCCUAUGACAAUAUUAUCAAGGCCAUCAAAGCAGCGGAGGAAGCAGCCAGCAGAGCUGGCAGUGCAGCUGACUCAGCGUUAUCGACUGUGAAGAGAGAAGAUCUGUCAGGAAAAGCUGCAAAGCUGAAAACUGAGAGCAGUGCAGUCCUGGAUCAAGCACAGGAGACUGAAAGGACAUUGAAAGCUCUUGGUCCAACCCUUGAAGACAUAAAGCAAAGACUUGAAGUAGCUGAUGGAAAGAAGAAUUCUCUGCAAAUUGAUCUUGUGACUCUGCAAAACAACCUCAAUGGCAUCAGUAGAGAUGACAUCAACAACAUCAUCACCAAUGCAAAGAACAUGGUAGAAAGUGCCAAGGGUGUCACAAGCAAUGUACUGGAGGAGCUGCUCCCAAUUCAGGAGGAUGUGGAAGAAAUGAAGAACACCUAUGGAAGCACACAGAGUGCUGGCUUCAGCAAAGCCCUGAUGGAGGCCAACAACUCAGUACAAAAACUGACAAACAAACUUCCAGACCUGUUCAGUAAGAUCGAGAGCAUCAACCAGCAGCUGAUGCCAAUAAGCAACAUCUCUGAGAACCUGAACCGCAUAAGAGAGCUGAUCCAGCAGGCAAGAGAUGCUGCAAAUAAGGUUGCUAUUCCCAUGCGGUUCAAUGGCAGCUCCGGGGUAGAGGUUCGCCCUCCGAGUGACCUCCAAGACCUGAAAGGCUACACCUCUCUGUCCUUCUUCCUCCAAAGACCUCAGCCAAGAUCAGACACUCCCCAGAGGGCAUCCAACAAGUUUGUGCUGUACCUGGGGGAUAAAGAUGCUUCCAAGGGCUACAUCGGGAUGGCUGUGAAAGGAGGGCACCUCACUUGUGUCUGCAACCUGGGAGAUGGUGAUGUGGAGGUAGAUGUGCAGCCACUUGUGACUGAGAGUGAAACUGAGGAAGCUGUUAUGGACCAGGUUAAGUUUGAAAGGAUUUACCAGUAUGUCAAGGUGAACUACAUCAAAGCAGCAACAUCAGCUUCUCCAGUCCAUGAAAGAACUCUGACUGCAAGCAGUGGAGGCAGUGACACUCUCCUAGAGCUUGAUCCCAGCACUGUUGUCUUUUAUGUUGGAGGAUACCCACCAGACUUUAGGCCCCCACCUAAGCUGGACUACCCUUGCUAUGAAGGCUGCAUUGAACUGGACAGCCUCAACGAGCAGAUUGUCAGCCUCUACAACUUCAAGAGGACUUUUAACCUCAAUACCACUGAAGUGCAGCCCUGCAGAAGGUACAAAGAGGAGACAGACCAAAGCUAUUUCGAAGGCAGUGGCUAUGCCAGCGUGGCAGUGAGGGAGCCAAACACCCACAGCCGGGUGCGCUACGAGCAGACCAUCGAGAGCACUGCGGACCAAGGCAUCGUGUUCUUUGCAGCAGAUGGGGACCAGUUCAUCAGUGUGCUCAUCAAAGAUGGGCACCCAGUGUUCAGGUACAAAAUCGGCUCCGAGCCUCCGAAGGAAAUCGAGAGCAACACAACUGUGAAUGAUGGAACCUACAACCAGAUCCACCUGGUGCUGGCCCGGAGCAGGAACACAGUUCACAUCAGUCCCAACAUCAGAGCCAACAUCAAUGUCUUUGUCUUCACCAAGUACUACCUGGGUGGAAUUCCACCUUCUCUACGGGCACAGUUUAAUAUAUCCACACCUCCAUUCCGGGGCUGCAUGAAGAAUGUGAAAAACCCUAGCACUGCAUCUGUGAUUUUUGAUGAGACUGUUGGAGUCAGCAAGAAAUGCUCAGAUGACUGGAAGCUCAUCAGGGCUGCAGCUUUUUCCAGGAAGGGAACACUGAGCCUGAGUGCAGAAGGAUUCCCAUUUCCCAAGGAUUUCCAAGUUGGCUUUGGCUUCCAGACCAUGGCAUCGACUGGAACACUCUUAAGUUACAACCUCUGGCCAAAUCUCCUCACCAUCUACCUGAGCCCUGGCUCUGUAACUGCAAAGAUGGGAGAGAAGGAACUCAAGGUGGAGCAGCCAUAUGAAGAUGGAUCAGUGCAUUAUGUGACAGUCAGCAAAGCAGACAACAAAGUCCAUCUGCUGGUUGAUGACAAAGCAGCAGCAGCAGCAGCAGCUGACCCUCCAAGAGCACGGGCACUGAUUGAACCUAUCAGAUUUGGUGGAGAUGAUUUUGAAGGCUGCAUCUCAAACAUCUUUAUCAAAAGGACAGGUCAGCUCCCUGAGGUUCAGAAUCUUGUUAACUACACUGCAAAGUCUGGAGUGUCCCUCGGAGCCUGCCGCGGAGCCCAGAGCUUGGAACCACUUCUGCUGAAGGACUUCAGACAUCAUCCCAGGGCUAAGAUGCUCAAGGAUGAAGAGUUCCUUGAUUAUUGGAAAGCUGCUAAUGUGCAAACCCAGCACAGCUCCACUUCAGCAGCCCAGUCCCAUGUCAGCAGUGAAGCACAUCUGCUUGGAAGCACCCCCAGCACCUUCAUGGCCUACAUGAUUUCUGCACCUACAGCUACAGACAGGUUACACUUCUCUGUAGAGGUCCGGACUCAGUCCUCGAGAGGAUCAAUACUUUUCCUGGAGAACAGCUCUGAGGGCUCUCACAUGGCUCUCUACAUCUCAAAGGGACGUUUUGUCUUCUCACUUGGCUCUGGAGGAAGAAGAACCAAAGUCAGAAGCAGUGCUAAAUACAACGAUGGGCAGUGGCACACUGUGGUGGUCAGCCUGGAGGGGCAGAACGUGCGCCUGGUUGUCGACGGCCUGAGAGCCCAGCAUGGGAGCUUCCCAGCGAGUCCUGCCACCAGCUUUAGGCCUCCAGUCUACGUGGGAGGGCUGCCAUGGCUGCCCAGACAGAACAUGCCAACAAAGAGUUUCAAGGGCUGCCUGAGGAAUCUGAAGAUGAAUGGAGAACUCCUGAAGGCACCCCAGCAAAAAAAUGGUGUGCUUCCAUGUCUGGAUGUUGCCAUGGACACAGGGAUUCAUUUCUUUGAUGAAGGAGGAUACAUCACCAUUGGCAACCUGCUCUGGGGUUUGGAUUUUAGGGUUGUGUUUAGCAUUCGGCCCAGGAGUCCAGCAGGGACUCUCCUCCAUGCUGGAAGCAAGCAGGACAGCUACCUGAGUGUUUACAUGACAGGAGGAAAGGUCCUUGUGGCUGGGAAUCAUGGUGCUGGAGAGUUCCAGACCUCAGUGGCACCUAAGCACCCUCUGACUGAUGGCCAGUGGCAUACUAUUGCAGUCUCUCAGAAGGGGAACGUGGUGCAGCUGGAGCUGGGCACACAGAGCAACUACACCACUGUGCCUCUGCCAUCUCCUCCUGCCCGUGGGCAUCAGCCACUCUACUUUGGCAAAAUCCCAGCCCUUUUGGACACCCUGUGGCUCCCAGUUCGAGUUCCCUUCUCUGGCUGCCUGCGGAGCAUUCACCUCAACGACAAACGUCUCUCCAGCAGGAGGCUCUCCGAGGCUCACGGUGCAGUGAGCUUGCAGGGGUGCCCGGCAGAGUGACUCUGCACCAGCAGGGUCUGCUGAGGCGCUGUGUGCAUCCCUGCUGCCUCAGGUCCCCUGGGGCUGGUAACGCUGUCACCAGGCCGGUGGGUGAGCAGGAGCAGCCUCUGGAUGUGGAUGGUGUCAGAGCAGAUGAAAAGCCUUUGCUUUGAUAAACUCCCUCUGCCAUGUUAGCUGAUGUUCAAGGUAAUCCACUGUGCAGAAAGCAUCGUUGUAUAGACCCUGCUGGGCCAAGUUCUGCUCUCCUCCACUGCAGCACAGGCUUGGGUCACUCCAGUGUCCUCAUUUCAGAGGCUUGCCCUUAGUGCUGCUCGUCUGGAGAGCAAAGUUGAUCCACCACUGUAAGGAAUUGUAUGCAAGUAGAGAUCAUAGAAUCAUAGAAUCAUAGAAUCAAGCAGGUUGGAAGAGACCUCCAAGAUCAUCCAGUCCAACCUAUCCCCCUGCCCUAUCCAAUCAACCAGACCAUGGCACUAAGUGCCUCA